CGCCUUUACGCUCUGAUCAGUCCGCCUCCACAUGGCUCAGACUUGAUUUUCUACUCUUCAACCCUAUCACAACAUGAUGCCAUUAAGAUACUAGUACGGACCCAGCUUUGCAGUUUUUUAAUUUUUUUAUUUUUUAUUUUUAGCAUGUAGACAUUUACUUUGAAUAUUAGUUUAGUUUUUGUAUUUUGCUUUUUGCGCACAAACCAAAAAGGGAAGACAACCUGGCGGGAGGGGGGAAGAGAUGAAGGUUGGAGACGUGUUUUAUCAGAAGACACCCAUCACCGAGAGUGUUUAGUAUCUCCGGAGAAGCAUCUGAAACAAACAGGAGCCAGCAGGGAUCAAAGAAAGUCACCAAGGCUUUGAGACCAUACUGAGUGAAGGUGAGAAGGACUAGUCCGUAUAGUCAUGCUCGGCGGGGAGGGAGACAGCAGCCCCUUCUCUUCCACUUCCACCUCCACCUCCACCAAGGACGCACCGGAUGAGAGGCGCAAAUCCCCGGCUGUGGAGAGGGAUGACCCGGCCGUUGGCACCAGGUACACCGAGCCAGGGCUAGGCGCAGACCGGUACUAUAUCCCAUCCACUGGUUCUAAACAAAGCCCAGAAACAGCCAACCCUUGCUCUUUUAUCCCCUAUACCCCCAGUGGGUCGGUUUACAGCCCCUCCAGCACCGGCAGAUACCCCUCAUCUCUCCAUCUCAGCUCCGUGUUGCCUCCAGCGGGAUUUUCCCCCUCAUCCACCGGCCGGAGUCACUUCAGUCCGGCUUACCAGCUCGGACAAAGCCCCGGCUGCAUCUACCCAUCCUACACCGGCUCAGGGGCCGCACUCGGGAACAUGGCUCUGCCCGGCACCGGCCCCGGGAUGAGGGCCCAGGUCUACCUCUGCAACCGGCCCCUGUGGCUCAAGUUCCACCGGCACCACACCGAGAUGAUCAUCACCAAACAGGGCAGACGCAUGUUCCCGUUUCUGAGUUUUAACAUAGCUGGCCUUAACCUGACUGCGCAUUACAAUGUGUUUGUGGAGGUGGUUCUGGCGGACCCGAACCACUGGAGGUUUCAAGGGGGCAAGUGGGUCACAUGUGGGAAGGCGGACAACAGCAGUCAAGGGAACAAAGUGUACAUCCAUCCGGAGUCUCCGAACACCGGGGCCCACUGGAUGAGACAAGAAAUCUCCUUCAGCAAACUGAAACUCACCAACAACAAAGGAACCAACCAUAAUACUUCACAGAUGAUUGUCCUGCAGUCUCUGCACAAGUACCAGCCCAGGCUGCACAUAGUGGAGGUGACAGAGGAUGGAGUGGAGGACAUUGGCAAUGAACUGAAGACUCAGACCUUCACUUUUCCAGAAACCCAGUUCAUAGCUGUCACGGCUUACCAGAACACUGAUAUCACACAGUUGAAAAUUGAUCACAACCCCUUUGCUAAAGGAUUCAGAGAUAAUUAUGAUUCGAUGUACACUGCUCCUGAGAACGACCGUCUCACACCGUCUCCGACCGACUCUCCCCGUGCACAUCAGAUCGUCCCUGGUGCUCGCUACACCAUGCAGCCCCUCUUCCAGGACCAGUUUGUUAACAACCUUCCCCAGAGCCGCUUCUACAACGGGGAGAGAGCGGUACCGCAGACCAACAGCCUCCUGUCUGCACAAACUGAAGACAGUGCAUCACAGAGGUGGUUUGUCACCUCCAUGCAGCAGGGGGGAAACAGCAGCAGCACCAGCAACAAGUUAGACAUCAGCCCAUAUGAGGGGGACUAUUCAAGUUCCCUCCUUCCUUAUGGUAUCAAAUCCCUGUCCAUGCAAACAUCCCACGCUCUCAGUUAUUACUCUGACUCUCCCUUCACCACCAUGACUGCAGGGUGGGGGUCCAGACCACCAUAUCAGCGAAAGGUCACUCCCAGCCUGCCCUGGUCUCCCAGGCCCAGUCCAACAGCUGGUUUCCCAGAAGACUCAGACAAGGUUAAGCCACAGAUGGAGGAGGAGGUGAACGGCAGUGGAGGUCUGAUAGCCUGGACAGAACCACAGCCUUCUGCUCUGUCACUAGACAAAGCAGAUUCGUACUCAACGGUCUGUAAGCGAAGGCGUCUAUCCCUCAACGGUCCGAGCACAGAGGACUCACCUGCUGACAUUAAGUGUGAGGAUUUAGCCUCUGCUGUCAACAACAGUAGCUCCUACAGCAAAGAACCCCCCUCUUCCAAAGGCAUGGCAGCUUAUUAUUCGUUUUACGCAAACCCUUGAAUGUUUCGAAAGUAGAGCCUCAUUUUAUCAUUUUUAAUCCAUUAAUGAAUAAAGCAAUGUUUUGCUUUUCCAUGCACGCCCAGCAUUUGUCUUUGUUGUGAUAAAUGUUCUUUUUUUGGGGGGUUUUAAUCAUGUGGUGAUACUGGAACAACAUAAUGAUGUUUGUGGCCUAAUAAGCAUCAUUAUUAUGAAAUGUAGAUUCAUUUUUUUGACUACUUUGAAGUCCAUUUGCUUUCCUGGGCUGAAUUUGUAUCUUUUUUUUUUUUCUUCUUUUUUGAGAAGCCAUUCAAUGGUCCUCUGUUUUAGAGAUUCAGAAGUGCCAAAAUAUGUUUGAAGUGCCCCAGUUUAUUUAAGUGUUAUUCAUUAUUACAGACAUUACUUCGCCUUUCUGCUGAGCUUUUGUGUUUACAGAUUAUUUAUUGAAGGCCUCUUCACAUGGAAUUUGUGCCCUCUUAAAUGUGAGCAUAUAAUGCUGUAAAUACUUUCAUUGUAAUGUUCAGAUAUUUGAUA